AUGACAAAAAGACGAGCAGCAAGCAAGAGACGAAUGUUGCCUCCGAUUGUCGCACGAGUAUGUGUCUUGGCGGCGUUGGCGCAUGCAGCCAUGGCAGCGGGCGAGAAUCAACAACAACAACAACCAAAUUACUAUGGAGAUGAUGGAAGCGCUGUACUGCACUCGUGGGACGAACCCAAGGUUCGCCUCUAUGACACACGCCACAAUACUAUUGCCACGUACGAAGAUGCUCGUGAAUUUUGUAGGCAGCAGCAGGGACGCGUCUUGGCCAGUCAACUAGAAUGGUGUCUCGACUGGAUCCAUCAACCGGAUCGAUCCGAAGAAAAUGUCUUGGGAGGACACGUUCGAGAAACCGAGCAAUGGGCGCCUGUUCGCGCUGCCACGGUCGUCGAUCGCGUGGAAUGGUUGCAGAUUGGACACCUUGCAAAUGCGAAUGCUUCCUUGACAACAACAACAACAACAGCAGGCCAAUCCAACAACAACAAGGAAUCGAUGGACAACGUGUGUCGUACCUACCAAGACCUUAUCGGCACAACAGCCGAUACAACAGACGACUCCAUUUUGACCUUGGCCAAUGGCGCAGAAGACGGUACUACCCAGAUCCACACGAUUGCCGGGCGUAUUGCUACUGGCUGUUCGGGACAAACGGGCAAACCCUCGUUGUGGCAACAAGUGGAAGGAGAGGGCUUGAUUUGGGACCCCUUUUGUGGAAAUUCGGAACCGCUCAAUCCAGCCAACAAACCAUUGGGAGGCAUGACGGGAGGUUGCCCGAAUCACAAAUGGCACGUGGAUGAUAAACGUUACUGUAUGGAACCUCGCCAGAACGGCAGGGCAUUGACCGAGAAAGGGCAUCCGCCACCAUGGCUCAGCAGCAGCGACCAACCGACAACGAACAACGAUAUUCCAGAAGUGGCUUGCACACGGCUGGCCCGAGCUCCUGCAGUUCCACAGACGUGUGCCAGUGUCUGGGGCGCCUCUCAUUUCAUUACAUUUGAUAGUCACCGCAAACAUGACUGCGAAGGAAGUGGAGAGUACGUGGCGACAACAUCCUUGGACUCGCCCUUGCAACUGCAGGUUCGCAUGGAACGCUUCAACAGCUCGAUUCAGGCCACCGUCGUCACGGCGGCUGUCCUCCGUACGGGGCAUCCGGAGGAACCUACAGUGGAGAUUGCGUACAAUGAUUGUCGCAUGACCUACAUGAUCAACCGCACGUAUCAGAACCUGGAUCUACUCUGGGUCCGCAACGGAACAAUGGCAACGGGCACCGAAGAUGUCGUUUUCUUUGUCAAACGAGACGAUCGCUUCUUUCACUUUCGAAAAUCUGGCUUGAGCUUUCACAUCCGAAAGAAACACAGCGACAAAAUGGGGUGCUACUUUAACAUCAAACUGUGCAUCCCGGACAAGCUGAAAGAGUCGGAACGACUGAUUGGAAUGUGGGGAACCCCGGACGGAAUCUCCACAAAUGAGGUCAUGGAUCCUGCGGGAGGGGCUGUAAAGAGACCAAUGGCCCAUUUUGCCGGUGCCUACCGUUAUUGCACUCAAAACUGGUGCAUACGGCACGCCAAAGAGUCUCUUUUCGCCCAGCCCUACUAUAACGCGUGGCAUUGCACGGAGCCUCAUGACUCAACGCUGGAAUCCAUGGUCAUGGCGGCGCCGCCCGAGCUCUACGCCAUCUGCGAAGGCGAUGUGCCCUGCUUAAUAGAAGGCACCGCCGGCGAUCUAUCGGACAGCACAGACAGUGUCAGUGAACAGCGAUUGCUGGGACAAGCCGAAAUGCCACCCAUCGAGGAGGCAAACGAUCCCGACUCGAUGGAGCAAGAUGACAUUUUCGAAACGACCGACGUCAAAGGGGCGCCUCCUCUUACCACUGCAUAUACCAAGGGCGAUCCGCACUUUUUGACAUGGUCCGGGGAGCGAUUCGAUUACCAAGGGGAGUGCGACUUGGUACUUUUGCACAACCCUAGUUUCUCCGCAGGGCGUGGCAUGGACAUCCACGCACGGACUCGCAUUGAAACGUGGUGGUCCUACGUUGAGGCUGCCGCCCUAAGAAUAGGAUCAGAGUGCAUUGAGGUCGUUGGCGGCGACAAGGAACAGUGGAUCUGGUUCAACAGGAAGACGCCCAACAAGCCCUUGGUAGAUGAGCAAUGGUACCAAGGACAGAUAGCUGGAUACAAAGUGCGCUAUCGUCAGGUUGGCUCUAGUCGGGAGGUCAACGUACACUUGGGAAGGCUGGAAGUCGUCUCACUGAAGGCAUACAAGGAUUUCGUACGUGUGGAUCUUGACUUGAGAGAACGACGCCACUACGAAGGAGCCAUCGGUCUACUGGGGCAAUACCCUGGCGGUGAGAGAGUAGCACGAGAUCGAAUUACGCCAAUAUCUGACGUCAAUCUUUAUGGCCAAGAGUGGCAAGUCCAACGCAAAGAACCUCAGCUAUUCCAUUCUUACCAGGGAAAGGUUCGUGCCCCGCAAAAGUGCAUGCUCCCAACUGCCACCCAAGAUGCUCGUCUCCGUGGUCGACGGCUAGAAGAGUCAAGUGUAAACGAAGGCGAAGCGAAGCAGGUGUGCGGCCAUUUGGACAACGCAGACGACCACAAGGCUUGUAUUGCCGACGUCCUAGCAACUGGAGACGUGAACAUGGCUUUAGAGUUUGAUUGA